CCGGGGAGGCCGCUCGGGCCUGUGGGGAGGCGCCGGCGCGCGGGGAUGCGAGCGUCUCGGGGAGCCAUGGCCAACUUUCGCCUGGCUCUCAUUCAGCUCCAUGUAUCUCCUGUGAAAUCAGAUAACCUCCAACGAGCCUGUGAGCUGGUGAGAGAAGCAUCAGCUAAAGGAGCAAAACUUGUGGCUCUGCCUGAAUGCUUUAAUUCUCCAUAUGGAACCCAGUAUUUUAAGGAGUAUGCAGAGAAGAUCCCUGGGGAUUCAACCCAAAAGCUCUCUGAACUUGCAAAGGAGUGCAGCAUAUAUCUUGUUGGAGGAUCCAUUCCAGAAGAGGAUGGUGGAAAACUGUAUAACACAUGUACUGUGUUUGGGCCUGAUGGUGCUAUGUUGGCAAAACAUAGGAAGGUUCAUUUGUUUGACAUUGAUAUUCCUGGGAAGAUACAGUUCAAAGAGUCUGAAACACUGAGUCCAGGGAAUAGUUUUUCCAUGUUUGAUACUUCAUUCUGUAAAGUGGGCCUGGGCAUCUGCUAUGAUAUCAGAUUUGCUGAGAUGGCUCAAAUCUACGGACAGAAAGGUUGCCAGCUGCUGAUAUAUCCAGGGGCUUUUAACCUGACCACAGGACCAGCUCACUGGGAACUGCUGCAAAGGGGACGAGCUGUUGAUAACCAAGUCUACGUAGCUGCUGUAUCUCCUGCUAGAGAUGAAAAAGCAUCCUAUGUUGCCUGGGGACACAGCACUGUAGUAAAUCCAUGGGGUGAAGUCAUAGCCAAAGCUGGGGCUGAGGAAACAGUUGUAUACACAGAUAUAGAUCUGAAGAAACUCACAGAAAUACGUCAACAAAUUCCAAUUUUAAGCCAGAAGCGCUGUGAUCUCUAUGGUGUGGAGAUGAAAAAGUAAAGGAUCGCUCAGCAGAGAAGCCUCAGUUGGCACAAUGGCUGCUGCUUUUAUCUUGGGAAGGAUUCCCACAUGAGUUGCUCCAAAAUCUUCUACUAGAAGUGCCACUUACUUGAAAGAAAAUCAAACACCACAGAAUCUGGUGGUGCAAUUCUCAAAUCGAUUCAAAUACAACUUCUACGUCUCCUCUCAUAGUGGUUUACAGCUAGGAUAAAGACGGAGGUCAAAUAAUUUCAAUGCAAUACUGCUUAACAUUGAUUUUUAUGCAUCACUACAUUUUAGUUACCUUUUGGGGGCGUGUUUAUAGAACACAGAAUCUGUCUGGGAAUCCUCUGAGGCUAGCUUUGCUAUUAUGAAUUUUUCAAUGAAUGAUCAGAUAAUCUAGAAGCAUGAUUCUGCCACCUCUGUCCUUAGGUGCAUCUGCCUCAACAAAACUCUUUGAAUGCCCUACUUCUAACUUGGAAAGCUUCAAAUUUAACAUGCUGAGCAAAACAGACCAAGUUCUGCUCUGUACCACUUGGGAACGAUGCAAGAAGAUGCUAAACAGAAUCACCAUUGUAGAAGAAUCUCUAACAGUAUUUGCUUGAUGUUUCCUGCCUGGAAUGUAUGGAUUAAAUUCUCCUGAUUGCA